AUGGUUCCAGUGCAUGUAACUCUCUUGAUAUGGAGCUUGAUACAGGUAUCUCAUGGAUGUUGCAUGAGUAGAAGUACGUCAGAUUUCUGUUCUAUUUUCAACAUGCUUUCGGAUUCUGAACAAGCUGAAGUAGAGCAAUAUCUUGGAAAAGCUUGCAAAGACAACGCUGUUGACGAUGCAAUCAGACUAGUUGAGAAAAGAAAACCAAAUUUCAUACGAUUCGGCAGAGCUAUGCUAUCAUUAAACAACGAUAGAAAUAAUAUUAAUCCCAAUUUUUUACGAUUUGGACGUAUACCAGAUUCAGUACUGGGUAGUGAUAGCGGUCAAAAUUUUCUCCGAUUCGAGCGCGAAACAAAUGAACCUAAUUUUCUUCGCUUUGGUGAACUAUCAACAGCUAAUGUUGAUGAUGAGAUUAAUGCUUGGAAGUAA